CGCUAGAACGGCACUGCGUUAAGGCACCUCGGAGCAGGAAGAAGUACCAACCCUCCCCCCGACCCCACCCCUCCGCAAAAAGCUGCACCCUGGCUACAGGCAAGGGGGAUUCCAAACUCAGUAAAGGCAGGGUGGAGGGGAAGGUAACGAGAAGCGAAGUCACAGAUCUCUGGACCUGCUCGCUUUGAAGCCCCUCCCCCUGAGCGUGGGGGAGACGCGCACUCCGGUGGGGGGGGCGCUCGGGUCCCCCCCACCCCUCCUCUCUCGCUCGUUUCCACCUCGGGCUCUCUCCCGGUCUCUCACCCCUACCCUCCGUUUGCACCAUGACGGUGAUGUCUGGAGAGAACGUGGACGAGGCUUCGGCCGCCCCGGGCCACCCCCAGGAUGGCAUCUACCCGCGGCCGGCCGACCACGACGACCACGAGUGCUGCGAGCGCGUGGUGAUCAACAUCUCCGGGCUGCGCUUCGAGACGCAGCUCAAGACCCUGGCGCAGUUCCCCAACACGCUGCUGGGCAACCCUAAGAAACGCAUGCGCUACUUCGACCCCCUGAGGAACGAGUACUUCUUCGACCGCAACCGGCCCAGCUUCGACGCCAUCCUCUACUACUACCAGUCCGGGGGCCGCCUGCGGAGGCCGGUCAACGUGCCCCUGGACAUGUUCUCCGAGGAGAUCAAGUUUUACGAGCUGGGCGAGGAGGCCAUGGACAAGUUCAGGGAAGACGAGGGCUUCAUCAAGGAGGAGGAGCGCCCUCUGCCCGAGAAGGAGUACCAGCGCCAGGUGUGGCUGCUCUUCGAGUACCCCGAGAGCUCGGGGCCCGCCCGGGUCAUCGCCAUCGUCUCCGUCAUGGUCAUCCUCAUCUCCAUCGUCAUCUUUUGCCUGGAGACUCUACCCGAGCUGAAGGAUGACAAGGACUUCACAGGCACCAUCCAUCGCAUCGACAACACCACGGUUAUCUACAACUCCAACAUCUUCACGGACCCCUUCUUCAUCGUGGAAACCCUGUGCAUCAUCUGGUUCUCCUUCGAGCUGGUGGUGCGCUUCUUCGCCUGCCCCAGCAAGACGGACUUCUUCAAAAACAUCAUGAACUUCAUCGACAUUGUGGCCAUCAUUCCCUAUUUCAUCACCCUAGGCACCGAGAUAGCUGAGCAGGAGGGAAACCAGAAGGGCGAGCAGGCCACUUCGCUGGCCAUCCUCAGGGUCAUCCGGUUGGUAAGGGUUUUUAGAAUCUUCAAACUCUCCCGCCACUCUAAGGGCCUCCAGAUCCUGGGCCAGACCCUCAAAGCUAGUAUGAGAGAGCUAGGGCUGCUCAUCUUUUUCCUCUUCAUCGGGGUCAUACUGUUCUCUAGCGCAGUGUACUUUGCCGAGGCGGAAGAAGCUGAGUCGCACUUCUCCAGUAUCCCCGAUGCUUUCUGGUGGGCGGUGGUGUCCAUGACCACUGUAGGAUACGGUGACAUGUACCCUGUGACAAUUGGAGGCAAGAUCGUGGGCUCCUUGUGUGCCAUCGCUGGUGUGCUGACAAUUGCCCUGCCCGUACCUGUCAUUGUGUCCAAUUUCAACUAUUUCUACCACCGAGAAACUGAGGGGGAAGAGCAGGCUCAGUUGCUCCACGUUAGCUCCCCUAAUUUAGCCUCUGACAGUGACCUCAGUCGGCGCAGUUCCUCUACUGUCAGCAAGUCUGAGUACAUGGAGAUCGAAGAGGAUCUGAAUAAUAGCAUAGCCCAUUACAGACAGGCCAAUAUCAGAACUGCCAAUUGCACCGCAGCUAACCAAAACUGUGUUAAUAAGAGCAAGCUACUGACUGAUGUUUAAAAAGCCAAGCAAACAAACAAAAAAACCCCACUUAGCAGCUUGAAAGACUUGAAACACAAAACAAAACAAAAACCAUAGUGACCCAUGUCACUCUUUGUAGAUACUUGAUACGCUCUAUUUAACUGUCAAUGCAUUGUUGCAUUGCGGAUUUUGGGGGUGAUGAACCAGAAGCUUUCAAGA